AUGGUAACAGACAGGGAGGGGAGAUACGUCCCAGACUAUGGUAAGAGACAGGGAGGGAGGAUACGUCCCAGACUAUGGUAACAACAGAGAGGGAGGAUACGUCCCAGACUAUGGUAACAGACAGGAGGGAGGAAGGAUACGUCCCAGACUAUGGUAACAGACAGGAGGGGAGGAUCGUCCAGACUAUGGUAACAACAGGGAGGGGGAGGAAGGAUACGUCCCAGACUAUGGUAACAGACGGGGUGGGAGGAAGGGUACGUCCCAGACUAUGGGAACAACAGGGAGGGGAGGAGGAUACGUCCCAGACUAUGGUAACAGACAUGGAGGGGAGGGUACGUCCCAGACUAUGGUAAAGACAGGGAGGGGAGGAUACGUCCCAGACUAUGGGUAACAGACAGAGAGGGAGGAUACGUCCCAGACUAUGGUAACAGACAGAGAGGGGAGGAUACGUCCCAGACUAUGGUAACAGACAGGGAGGGGAGGAAGGAUACGUCCCAGACUAUGGUAACAGACAGGGAGGGGAGGAAGGAUACGUCCCAGACUAUGGUAACAGACAGGGAGGGGAGGAAGGAUACGUCCCAGACUAUGGUAACAGACAGGGAGGGGAGGAAGGAUACGUCCCAGACUAUGGUAACAGACAGGAAGGGAGGAAGGAUAACGUCCCAGACUAUGGUAACAGACAGGGAGGGGAGGAUACGUCCCAGACUAUGGUAACAGACCAGGGAGGGUAGGAAGGAUACGUUCCAGACUAUGAUAACAGACAGGGAGGGGAGGAUACGUCCCAGACUAUGGUAACAGACAGGGAGGGGAGGAAGGAUACGUCCCAGACUAUGGUAAUAGACAGGGAGGGGAGGAUACGUCCCAGACUAUGGUAACAGACGGGGAGGGGAGGAAGGAUUCGUCCCAGACUAUGGUAAGAGACGGGAGGGGAGGAUACAUCCCAGACUAUGGUAACAGACAGGGAGGGGAGGAUACAUCCCAGACUAUGGUAACAGACAGGGAGGGGAGGAUACGUCCCAGACUAUGGUAACAGAUGGGAGGAAGGAUACGUCCCAGACUAUGGUAAGAGACGGGGAGGGGGAGGAAGGAUACGUCCCAGACUAUGGUAACAGACAGGGAGGGGAGGAUACGUCCCAGACUAUGGUAAGAGACAGGGAGGGGAGGAUACGUCCCAGACUAUGGUAACAGACAGGGAGGGGAGGAUACAUCCCAGACUAUGGUAACAGACAGGGAGGGGAGGAUACGUCCCAGACUAUGGUAACAGAUGGGAGGAAGGAUACGUCCCAGACUAUGGUAAGAGACGGGGAGGGGAGGAUACGUCCCAGACUAUGGUAACAGACAGGGAGGGGGAGGAAGGAUACGUCCCAGACUAUGGUAACAGACAGGGAGGGGAGGAUACGUCCCAGACUAUGGUAAGAGACAGGGAGGGGAGGAUACGUCCCAGACUAUGGUAAGAGACAGGGAGGGGAGGAUACGUCCCAGACUAUGGUAACAGACAGGGAGGGGAGGAAGGAUACGUCCCAGACUAUGGUAAGAGACGGGGAGGGGAGGAUACGUCCCAGACUAUGGUAACAGACAGGGAGGGGAGGAUACGUCCCAGACUAUGGUAACAGACAGGGAGGGGAGGAUACGUCCCAGACAAUGUAACAGACAGGGAGGGGAGGAAGGAUACGUCCCAGACUAUGGUAACAGACAGGGAGGGGAGGAAGGAUACAUCCCAGACUAUGGUAAGAGACAGGGAGGGGAGGAUACGUCCCAGACUAUGGUAACAGACAGGGAGGGGGAGGAAGGAUACGUCCCAGACUAUGGUAACAGACAGGGAGGGAGGAUACGUCCCCAGACUAUGGUAACAGACAGGGAGGGGAGGAUAUGUCCCAGACUAUGGUAAGAGACAGGGGGGGGAGGAUACGUCCCAGACUAUGGUAACAGACAGGAGGGGGAGAAGGAUACGUCCCAGACUAUGGUAACAGACAGGGAGGGGAGGAAGGAUACGUCCCAGACUAUGGUAACAGACAGGGAGGGGAGAUACGUCCCAGACUAUGGUAAGAGACCGGGAGGGAGGAUACUCCCAGACUAUGGUAACAGACAGGGAGGGGGAGGAUACGUCCCAUACUAUGGUAACAGACAGGGAGGGGAGGAUAUGUCCCCAGACUAUGGUAGAGACAGGGAGGGAGGAUACGUCCCAGACUAUGGUAACAGACAGGGAGGGGAGGAAGGAUACGUCCCAGACUAUGGUAACAGACAGGGAGGGGAGGAAGGAUACGUCCCAGACUAUGGUAACAGACAGGGAGGGGAGGAUACGUCCCAGACUAUGGUAAGAGACGGGAGGGGAGGAUACGUCCCAGACUAUGGGUAACAGACAGGGAGGGGGAGAUACGUCCCAGACUAUGGUAAGAGACAGGGAGGGGAGGAUCGUCCCAGACUAUGGUAACAGCCCGGGAGGGGAGGAAUAUAACGUUUUCCGACUAUGA